CGCGCUAGCUGCAACCAUAACAACUGAUCGUGGUUGUCGCUUUACCGCGCUCAAGACGCCAGCCACCCCUCUGGACACCCUUAACUUCCCCGGAGAUGCGAGCGGGAGUUUUCGAUUAUUUAACAUGUCUAUGCAGUGUGAGCAAAUGAUGCAAACGAUCAAACCGAAAGUGACGAAAUAGCGUCUAGUGAAAGUGAAGAAUCAGCACCGCUGCAAGUGAAUUCAGACAGUUGAAAUAUUCGGUAAAGGUCGGCGUGUGCUAUGUUGUGUGAAGAACGGUUUCUUGCGUGACCUUGAAAUUGUGUGAGUUUGCGGGCAGUUUAAGAGGUCGUCUGGCGCAUAAUUGGUUCGCUGCGUUACGGCGUGCGAAACGUGCGGUUGUAGCACUGAAUGACCUCGUGGAAGAAACAGCAUUUGGUGAGCUGAGAUGUUAUCGUAAAUACAACGAUAGUAUAGUGAAGCGGCGCCGGUUGUAUACCUGAGAAACUGAGGAACGUGUUUUGGUGGAAGAUAUUCACCGACUGACCUAGAUCGGUUGAAGUUGGAUGAAAUUGGCGGUAUUGAAUAAACACCGAUAAUAUUGAAAAUGGUCAUCAAAAAGGCAAUCGCGGACAAAGCGUUCAUCGAGAGCCAAAUCAGCUCGAAAAGGUUUCAUCCGUUCGCAAGACAGAUUAUCGCGGCAACGGGUCCCAUAAUUUCGAGCGCUGCAGCCGGGAUGACCAAUGGGUUCUCCGCAAUUCUGUUGCCUCAACUACAGAAGCCGGAUAGUUCCAUUCAAAUCACCAGUGAGCAAUCCUCGUGGAUUGCUUCCAUGGCUCCGCUUCCGAUGGCUGCUGGAUGCCUUCUUGGGGGGCUACUGAUGGAGAAGUUCGGCCGAAAAGUGACGCAUCUGAUUUUGAAUAUAUCGUUUGCAGUUGGGUUUUGUGUUCUUUCGGUAGCGUUGACCUAUGAUAUGAUUUUGGUUGGGCGGUUCAUCACCGGAUUCAGUUGUGGGUUGGUAGGUCCUCCGGCUUCCGUUUACAUAGCGGAAACAAGCAACCCUAAGUAUCGCGGAAUCUUGCUAGCAGGGGUCACGUUUGCUGUUUCAACUGGGAUAUUCCUUUCGCAUUUGUUCGGUACAUUUUUUCACUGGAAGAUGGCCGCAUUGUUCUGUUCGUUCUUUAUGGCUGUUAGUUAUGUAUUCGUAGUAUUAUGUCCGGAAAGUCCUGCUUGGUUAUUAUCCAAAGGGCAGCGUCAUGAAGCAGAAAACGCUUUUCAUUGGCUUAGAGGAUACGAUGCUGAAUCUACAAAAGAAUUUAACGAUAUGGCUGCAAAAUAUGGGGGAUCAACUGAUGCUGGUGGAUCACAAGAGCCUACACCGUCUACGAUCGAUAAUGUCCUACGAAAAGAAUUUGUCAUACCACUAGUCACUUUGCUAGUAUUUUUUUUCACCAUGCAGUUCUCAGGAGUAAACAUCGUAGCAUUUUAUUCCAUUUCGCUCAUGAAAACAACUAUUGGCAGCGACAUCAAUGAAUACUUAGCCAUGUUGAUUGUUGAUCUCGUCAGAGUGAUCACAUCGUUGUUCGUAUGUAUUCUUUUGCGAACGUUUGGCAGGCGUCCUUUGGCAAUGCUCAGUGGUUGUGGUACAACCAUCAGUCUGAUAGGAUUAUCCAUAUUCCUGUACUUUCAAACCAGCAUCCCGUUGUAUCAAAACCUAUCUUGGAUGUCGUUAAUAUUCUUGAUAAGCUACAUAAUUUUCAUCGGAAUUGGACUCUUUCCGCUGCCGUGGUGUAUGAGUGGAGAAAUUUUUCCCAUCGCCACCAGAGGAAUCGGGUCUGGAUUAACAUCAUCGUUUAACUUUAUUUGCUUCUUCGUUGUGAUCAAAACGGGACCAACGCUGUUCGAAACGGUUGGCACCAAUGGGACCUUUAUGGUUUACGGUAUUAUCUCUCUGAUUGGAACGUUGCUUUUGUAUAUGAUCCUACCUGAGACCAAAAAUCGGACAUUGCAGGAGAUCGAGGAUACGUUUAAGUCAGGUUGGAGGGCUUCCGAGAAAGUUCAAGCCAUUGAUGAUAAGGUGUGAUAUAUCUGUAAAUGCCUGUUUAAAUAUUAGGCAAAGCUUUAGAGAGUUUCAUAAGUUUAUUGUAUUAUUAUUAUUAUUAUUAGCUAAUUGUGUCAUGAAC